CGCGAAUCGGCUUUUGCUCCAUCCGCUGCGUCGUCCAGCGAAUGCCGCAAUACAGUAUUGAACGAGCCACAGAACCAUUCGUACAUCGACACCGUGCGAGCUUGGGUGUGUAUACCAGCCCAUCCACCCACCUUGCCCUGUCUGCGUAGCCACAUCGCGACCAAUGGUUCUAGCUUGUUUCGAGCGAAGGAAACCCUUUGUGCCGAACAAGCUUGUGCAUGCAUCAUCAUUGUGCUGGCAGCAUGCAGCGAGCCUGUCUUUCGCGGGGGAAGGGAAUCGCCCCGGCUCUGAAACACCCUCUUUUCUUUGCUUUAACACACCCUUCCCUUCAAAUUUUUUCCACUCGGAAAUGCCAUGUAGCGUAGCCUUUUGGCCUUUCCAUCCCCUGAGCGGAGACCCAAAAUUGCAUGACAUUUUAAAAAGAGUCUCUCUGGCCCUCUUGGCACCCGGCAAGUCCGAGCUUGACCUUCACGAGUGGACGGCUGAGAACAACGUGAAUCAUGCAAUGAUGAUUACAGCGAUAAGAAGAACGAAUGAAUUAACUUGAUCCCGACCACUCGCAUCGCGACGAACUGCGGGUCCAGGGGGGAACUCCCUCUCUUU